AUAAUGGGUAUUGGGAAAUCUAAGAUAGAUCCCUGCUCACUUUCUCUCUCUUGGGGUAAAAGCCGCAGUGUGGAUACAAGUCCAAGACAUCAUGAGUCAGAAUCCAAGGCAUCAGAAGAAAUUUCUUUGCGUAAUCAGCCUGAACAAAGGAGUAUAACAGAGGAGCCAACAGGAGAGCAAAAGGAUGCUGAGAGAACAGGAGAGGUACUCGAAGAGGAAGAGGAAGAAGAAGAAGAAGAAGAGGUGUUCUUCAAGUUUGUGAUACUGCAUGCAGAAAGUGAUGUCAGUGAAGCCCUCAGAGUCCAGAAUCUGCUAGAAGAUGACUUUGGUAUCAAACCUGGAAUCGUUUUUGCUGAGAUGCCAUGUGGCAGACAGCAUUUACAGAACUUAGAUGAUGCUGUAAAUGGGUCUGCAUGGACAAUCUUAUUACUGACUGAAAACUUUUUAAGAGAUACCUGGUGUAAGUUCCAAUUUUAUUCAUCCCUAAUGAACUCUGUCAACAGGCAGCACAAAUACAACUCUGUUAUACCCAUGCGGCCCCUGAGCAAUCCUCUUCCCCAAGAAAGAACUCCCUUUGCUCUGCGAACUAUCAAUGCCCUAGAGGAAGGAAGUCGGGGCUUUCAUACCCAAGUAGAAAGAAUUUUUCAGGAGUCUGUGUAUAAGACACAACAAACUAUCUGGAAAAAGACAAGAAAUAGGUCAAUUUAUUGA